GUGCGUCGCGCGGCGCAGUUGGCCACCGACUCUAGACCCGCGCGAUACGAAUUAACGUGAUUUGAUACGUCUAAGAUCGUAUUUUAUCAACGUUUAUAUUACAAGAAACUAAAAUAUAGAUUGAAAAGAUGUUGGAAGGAACAAAAAUAAACUCACCCUCACAAAUGUCUAGCGUUUUUGACAUAGCAAAAGACACAAUAUUAUUUUUACUUCUAUCUUGUUAUUACAUAUUAGAAUCACUAUUCUGGACUUUAGUGCCCUACGCAAUAAGACCCAUGAAAAGUCUCAAAGGGGACGUGGUUUUGGUAACCGGAGGAGGAGGCGGAGUCGGUCGACAACUGGCCAUAAAACUCGCGAGGCUUGGAGCAAAAGUCGUUGUAUGGGAUAUUAAUAAAGAAGGAUUGCAAAAAACAUGUUCAUCUGUUAUCGACGAAGGAUACGAAAUUAUAAGUUACGUCGUAGACCUUGCCAAUCGUGCUGCAGUAUAUGAAACCGCUGAAAAAGUCAAGAGAGAAGUGGGAAAAGUUGACGUAUUAAUAAACAAUGCAGGCACCGUGUUUGGUGAAACUCUAUUAGACUUGACCGAUACAGCAAUAGAAACCACUUAUAGAGUUAAUAUACUUUCUCACUAUUGGACGGUCCGAGCCUUUUUACCAGAUAUGAUUAAGAGCGGCAAAGGGCACAUAGUCACCGUGGGUUCUGUAGCAGGGCUACUCGGCACGUACCGCUGUACUGAUUACAGUGCUACCAAGUUUGCCACAGUGGGCUUCCAUGAGAGCCUCUUUACAGAGCUAAGGGCCCACGGUCACAAUACAAUCCACGCUACUCUCGUGUGCCCUUAUUAUAUAAACACGGGAAUGUUUAACGGUGUUACUCCUCGUCUGAUGCCGAUGCUAGAACCGGACUACGUUGCGGAAACAAUGAUUGACUCCAUCAGAAAGAAUGAAGUCAAUUGCAUCAUGCCCGGUUCCGUCAGAUACUUGUUACCUCUGAAGUGUCUACUUCCAGCUAAAAUGUGCUGGGAUUUGAUGCAUCGAGUAAUGAAAGGCCCUCAGUCAAUGAUGGAGUUCAAGGGUAAGCCUAAAGUAGCAGGUGGUUAGUGUAGAAAUGGUAUUCGUACUUUGCGUUGGUGCUCUAAGCAAGACUUGUUAUAAGACUUCGUGUAUCAUGUGUAUGACGAGACUGAACUAUCCCAAUUUUCAAAUGGUGUCAAUGUUAUUAAAUAAAUUAUUUUGUAAUUCA